CUAUCGACUAUCCUUCGAAAACAAAAUAAAAAACCCAAACCCUCCGCCGUGCCGGUGUUUCUUGUUCUCUUCUUCCUCUUCUCACUUCUCUCUCUUUCUCUAUCCCUCAAUCCCGCCCCGCUCUUUCUUUGUCUCUCGAUUAGGGUGCAGCCAUGUCUCUGAGACCAAGCGCCAGAACUGAGGUUCGUCGGAACCGAUAUAAGGUCGCCGUCGAUGCCGAAGAAGGUAGAAGAAGGCGAGAAGACAAUAUGGUUGAGAUCCGAAAGAACAGAAGAGAGGAAAGUUUGCAGAAGAAGAGACGGGAGGGCAUGCAAGCACAACAAUUCCCCACUGCGAUUCACGCUUCUGCCGUCGAGAAGAAGUUAGAGAAUCUUCCGUCUAUGGUUGCUGGGGUUUGGUCUGAUGAUAGUGGAUUGCAGCUUGAGGCAACCACGCAGUUUCGGAAAUUACUUUCAAUAGAGCGCAGCCCUCCGAUCGAGGAAGUCAUUCAAUCUGGUGUUGUUCCUCGUUUUGUUGAGUUCCUUCUGAGGGAGGACUUCCCGCAGCUCCAGUUCGAAGCAGCUUGGGCUCUCACGAACAUUGCUUCGGGAACGUCGGAGAAUACCAAGGUUGUAAUUGAUCACGGGGCCGUCCCAAUUUUUGUGAAACUUCUGGGAUCCCCGAGUGAUGAUGUUCGGGAACAAGCUGUGUGGGCAUUGGGAAACGUUGCAGGUGACUCUCCCAGAUGCAGGGACCUUGUUCUAGGCCAUGGAGCCUUGAUUCCUUUACUAGCACAGUUGAAUGAGCAUGCUAAACUCUCUAUGCUGAGAAAUGCCACUUGGACUCUAUCAAAUUUCUGCAGGGGCAAGCCACAGCCUCCUUUUGAGCAGACUAAACCUGCACUUCCAGCUUUGGAACGCCUUAUUCAUUCAAAUGAUGAGGAAGUUCUUACAGAUGCUUGUUGGGCACUAUCAUAUCUGUCUGAUGGUACAAAUGAUAAAAUUCAAGCUGUUAUUGAAGCGGGUGUCUGCCCUCGACUUGUUGAGCUCUUGCUCCACCCAUCACCUUCGGUGCUCAUUCCUGCCCUUAGAACAGUUGGAAAUAUUGUCACGGGAGAUGAUAUCCAGACUCAGUAUAUCAUCAACCACAAUGCACUUCCUUGCCUUCUUAGCUUGUUGACCCACAACCAUAAAAAGAGCAUCAAGAAGGAAGCUUGCUGGACUAUCUCAAACAUAACAGCUGGAAACAAGGAUCAGAUACAGGCUGUAAUUGAGGCCAACAUCAUCGGUCCUCUUGUCCAACUGCUUCAAACUGCUGAGUUUGAUAUCAAGAAAGAAGCUGCAUGGGCAAUUUCUAAUGCAACAUCUGGGGGUAACCAUGAUCAAAUCAAGUACUUGGUGAGCCAAGGGUGUAUAAAGCCGUUGUGCGAUCUCCUUGUGUGCCCUGACCCAAGGAUUGUCACAGUCUGUUUAGAAGGUCUUGAGAACAUCUUGAAGGUAGGAGAAGCUGAGAAGAAUUUGGGCAAUACUGGAGGAGUAAAUUUAUAUGCCCAAUUAAUUGAUGAUGCCGAGGGGUUAGAGAAGAUUGAGAACCUGCAGAACCAUGACAACACUGAGAUCUAUGAGAAGGCAGUGAAGAUUCUUGAGACAUAUUGGAUGGAGGAAGAGGAUGAAACUUUGCCCCCAGGUGAUGCUUCUCAACCUGGGUUCCGCUUUGGAGGGAAUGAGCUCCCAGUUCCUUCUGGUGGAUUCAACUUCAGUUGAAGGGUUUCAGAUGGUGGUGCAAUGGAGUGAAGUCCAGGUCGGGGCGACGGGGUAUAUGUCGGAGUCGGGUCAAGUCUCGUCGUCAUCGUGUUUGGGUCCUGUUUGGUCCAGUCUCGGGUGUGGUCGUAGAGGUGCCGAGGUGGGGUUGGCUUUCUACAUUGGUUGAAUAAAAGGGGUGAAAGGUUUUCGAAGGAGACAUCAUCAUGGACUGGGUUAUGUGGUGGGCAUAGUUUUGUCAUUUGAUUUGUAUACCAUGAUAUGCGGGGAGGAAAGAAAGAAAAAUAGGGAUCUUGCCGUCUUCAGCAAGAGCCAAAUAUAUGCAGUAUGGAGUCGGGUUUUUGUUUUUUUUUUUUUUUCCAAUUCAUUUGUAGUGUAGUUUGUUGAUGCAAAGUCAAAGUCAGUCCUGGUAUUGUUAAUGCAGGGUGAUAUUUUGUAGUCAAAACCUAUUUGCCUGGUGUAUAUCAAGGAAGCAGAAAGGAAGAAAAAGAACAAAGUGUUAAUUAGCGUUAUUGUUUAUGAGUUAAAAAAGACUUCUUUUUGGUUUUUAUA